AAUUUGAUCCCUCAUUGGAAUGAAGUGUCUUCUGACGACAUCCUAUACAAGCAAUUCCUGAAAGGGAUUGAAUUAGUGGGACAUGAGUUCAAAGACAGAGUUCAUUAUUACGGCGAGGUUUGGUGGCCGGCCAGACAACUCCUCCAAUCGGCAAUUGACUCUCGUCUCGACGUUCACUCAAACGGACAGAUAAUUGAAUUAAAACAAGUGUUUCCGUGGAAAGAGCAUCUGUUUCUGAUGGAGAAAAGCGAUUCGAUCCAACCGGAGAUCAAGUUUGUCAUAUUUCAGGACUCAAAAGGCAAGUGGAGAGUACAGGCGGUUCCCCUAUCGAGCCAUUCCUUUGAACUACGAGUGCCUCUAAAGUCUGAGUGGAGAGGACUUCGGGACCAAGAGUUGAGUAAAGUAUCGCAAAUCGAUGGAUGCGUUUUUGUCCACUCGAGUGGAUUUAUCGGCGGUAAUGAUAGCCGUGAAGGAGUCAUUGAAAUGGCUGUGAAAACACUGGACGCUGUUGUCGACCAAAACCAUUCAAAAUAG